GCGUUUUAUUGAAGCUUUAACUAUUAAAUUGAAUACAUUUUAAAUUAUUUCAAGUGAACAUAUUUAUAGCAAAGAUUUAAAGGCUCUCUGUGAUUCCAAUUAUUUAUUUGAAUGAAAACUCUUUGUUUAAAAUUGUUAUUCUGUGAAAGACAUUUCUCAAAAUAGGUAUUGAUUGUUUUUCGUAGAAGUUUAGCGAUAAAAAAAAAUUGUAAUGGUUUACUAUUAAUUAAAAUUUUAAAUCAUACCACUGGAAAUUUGUGUAGCAAUCAGAUACUGUGUAAACUGCGGAAUGAAUCUUGACAAUUCUUCAAGAGAAAACUCGGAAUCAUUAGAUACAGUACCGAUUACAGUAAGCCCGAGAGAAAAAUAUCACGGUAUGAGGGAAAAAAAGUUAUCUGCGGCUUCUUUAACAAACACAGAGGGAGCACGGCCCAAGGUUGUUACUGUGAAACAUCCAGAAUCAAACAAACCUAAACCCACAGCACGAAAAAAUAAACCAAUUCAGGCAGAUCUUGAUGUUAUUAAGGAAUUCAUUAGAUGUCGGGAUGAAGGCGUGAAAAGGCUAGAUUUGAGCAAAUCUUCUAUAACAUCAUUGCCACCAAAUGUAAGAGAUUUGACACAUCUAGUAGAAUUUUAUUUGUAUGGAAAUAAGUUAGUGGCCCUUCCAGCAGAGUUUGGUUGUUUAACUAACCUACAGACAUUAGCUCUGAAUGAAAAUUCUCUUACAAGUUUACCAGAUUCAUUAGCUAAUUUGAGAUGUCUGAAAGUGUUGGAUUUGCGACAUAAUAAAUUGAGUGAUAUACCUGAAGUUGUUUAUAAAUUGACAUCAUUGACUACACUCUUUUUAAGAUUCAAUAGAAUUAGAGUAGUUGGAGAUGGUAUUGCUAAUCUAACAAACCUUACUAUGUUGAGUUUAAGAGAAAAUAAAAUUAAAGAAUUGUCUUCAGGAAUUGGAAAAUUGGUAAACUUGGUUACUUUUGAUGUUUCCCAUAAUCAUUUGGAGCAUUUACCUCAGGAAAUCGGAAACUGUGUUAAUCUGUCCACAUUAGAUCUCCAGCAUAAUGAUUUGUUAGACAUUCCUGAGACAAUUGGAAAUCUUCAAGCAUUGAAUCGCAUUGGUCUGCGAUAUAACAGGCUCAAUGCAAUACCUGCUUCACUGAGCAAUUGCAAGCACAUGGAUGAAUUUAAUGUCGAAGGAAACUCAAUAUCUCAAUUACCUGAAGGUCUUCUAUGUAGUUUGACAGAACUCACUAGUUUGACAUUAUCUCGCAAUUCCUUCAUGAGUUACCCAAGUGGUGGACCAGCACAGUUCACUAGUGUAUCUUCAAUAAACCUUGAACACAACCAGAUAGACAAAAUACCUUAUGGGAUUUUUUCAAGGGCUAGAAACCUAACUAAAUUGAAUAUGAAAGAGAAUUUGCUUUCAUCUUUACCACUGGAUAUUGGGACAUGGGUGAAUAUGGUAGAACUCAAUUUAGGUACUAACCAAUUGGUUAAACUGCCAGAUGAUAUUCAAAGUUUAGUGAACUUAGAAGUACUAACAUUAUCAAACAAUCUGCUCAAACGCAUUCCACCUAGUAUUGGGAAUUUGAGAAAACUUCGAGUAUUGGAUUUGGAAGAAAACAAAAUUGAAGUGCUACCUAAUGAAAUUGGAUUUCUACAAGAAUUAAAGAAGUUAGUAGUGCAGUCUAAUCAACUGAUAUCGCUGCCCCGAUCAAUUGGUCAUUUGGUAAACUUAACAUAUUUAAGUGUAGGUGAAAAUAACUUGCAGUAUUUGCCUGAGGAAAUUGGCACACUUGAGAAUCUGGAGUCAUUGUAUCUUAAUGAUAAUCCAAAUUUGUGCAAUCUGCCAUUUGAGCUGGCACUGUGUGUUAGCUUGCAGAUUAUGAGCAUUGAAAAUUGCCCCUUGACAUCACUGCCCCCGGAAGUUGUUUCAUCAGGGCCAUCUUUGGUAAUCCAAUACCUUAAAUCACAAGGACCCUACAGAGCCAUGUGAUAUGAGGUUGAAGAUUAUCAACCUGCUUUAUCAGGAAAUGAUAAUAUUUAAAUAAAAACUGAUAUAAUUUUACAAAUAUUAGAUCCUUGAAUUCAUUUGUAUUUGAAUUUAUAAUUUUAUUUAUUGUUGUACUCAAAACAGUUGUUCAAUAUAGUUUGACAAAUGUUUAAUAAAUGUAACUUUUAUAAUAAAUGAAACAACUUUCUUUCAGGAAGGUAUAUAUAUGUUAUAAUGAAAUCAUCCUAUUUCAUACCAUAGCUUAAUAUUUACUAGAAUGAUUGAUUGCCGAUGUUACUGUAUAUAAUGUAUAUGCACAAGCUGUAGGUUAGUUUAUCUAUCUACAAUCUUCUAAGAAAUAUUUGCAUGUUUGCAUUAUAAGUUAUAUCAAAUGAUGUAAAAUAGAAGCCAAAUUACAAAUGACAUACAUAUGGUAUGCUAAUUAUAUUUUCAUAUGUCUAUAAUAAGCUUGUUACUUUACGAUAUUUGUAAAAUAUCUGAUGCUUUGUAAUACUGUUUAUAAUAAAUUGUUUAAUAAUUAUAAAUGUGUUAUAAAAAUCUUGUAGUUAAAGGUUUCAUGGCUCUCUAAUGUGGUCUAACAAAACUCUUUUAAACUAGAAUUGUAGGUAAUUUGUAAUGAACAGUUAAAAAGAAAAUAAUUGUUAUGAACAAAUGUUUACUAUGUGUUUUCUUAAAUAUUUUAAUAAUGUCUGUGAAAAAAAGCAAUUGUAUUGACUACUCACUAAUAUGAACCAUAAUGCCAAUGUUUGUAAUAUCAAGAUGAAUAGAUCUCAAAAUGUUGGUCAGUAUUCAACAUCACUCCUUUAGUAUUAAUAAUAAAUUAAUUUAUACUUUUGAUGUACUGUAAUAUUUAUAUUACUAUAAAAUUAUGCAAUAUAAUUUUCAAAGUAGUUCUGUUUCAAUAUCUACUAAUGCCUAUAGGUGUAAUAAAUAAUAGGCUGUGUAGAUUUCUAUUUAUGAUUACUUUUUUAAGUAGGAAUAAUGUGACAUUUAAGUUAGAUUUUAGGUAUGUGUAUUUAUGAAUGUAGUCCUAAAAUAUUGCAUUUAACUUUUGCUCCUGAAAAUAUUCAUAAUUUGACAUAUAAUUGAAUGAAACCACCAUAUUUGUUUAUAAUUUUCUACUUAUCUAUACUGUGUUUCAGGUUUUGUGUAAAUAAUAUGAAGAGUUGACAUAAGGGGACUAGUCAUUUUGGUCACAUUAGUUAAGAGUGAUGCCUGACUAUUAUCAAAUUAUAGGGUACACAUUAACAUAUUGAAUAUGUCAUCACAUUUAACAUAUAAUGCCGAUUGUCUUCAUUAUAAAAGGAUCACAAAAACAUAAUACAAUGAAAUGCUUGUAGCAAUGAUGACAAAUUAUGUGAAUUGGUACUAGCGUUAACUUUUAAGUUAUUUUAUUUAUUUUACAAGAAUGAUUAUUAAUUUCUGUUGGAUUAUCACAUGAAAAUUUGUAUGAGGAAAGAAUUUACAAACAAAAGGGCAAUUUAUUGAAUGAAUCUUUCGAAUUAGAAAGCUCUAUGUGUUAUUUGAAUACUGUAUUUUAUUGGUGUAAUAAAUAGUCUAUGUUAUAACACUGUUAAUGCUAAGGACAAAAACAGUGUAGUGAUAAAUAAAAUAUAAAAUAGUAUUUAAGUCUGCCAUUGUGUGAACAUUUUCCUUAUAAAUGUUUUUGUCUGAAUGUUAGAAAUUUAAAUUGGCAUUUAUUGUUAUUUAAAUUUAAAAUAUAUAAAGUUUUAAAUGUCCACGUAAAAGUCCACAAUAAUUAUACAAUUUAUGUGUU